UAUUGUUUAAUAAUAGUAAUAAUUGUUUAUUGUUUAAUAAUAGUAAUAAUUGUUUGGUAAAAUAACACAAACCUGAAACUAAACUCAGAACUGUUGAGGCUCAAUUUGGGGCUCAAGUUGGUUUGAUGAGAGUAUACAGGAUGAACCCUUUUUUUAAAAAGUAUUAUAUUGUUAUAAUUUACAAAAUCUUUUUUUUUAUUAUAUUUUCAAACGAAGGAAGAAAAUAAGAAAGAAAUUCCUAGUCCAAGACAGAAAUUAGGAAUGUUUGAAAGAAGAAGGUUAGAGCUCAGACAGCUGUAGUGAAAUGUGUGAGGUGCAACAAACUAGCACAUGAUGCUGACGUCUAAGGGAUGGCAUAAGGGGAUCAGUUUGGUUAGUCAGAUACAGGUGGUGUUAAUGAGUAAACAUGGUCAUUUAUUUGACUUUGGUUUUUAAUAAGAGGAAAAAUACCUCAAUAUUCAAAUAGGUUAGUGUUCGUGAUAAUAUUGGACGUAUUUGAGCUCUAUUUGAAUAAUGUAACUGUCUGCAGCUCUGCUUUAAAUUAGCAUGACAUAUAUUCCCUGGUGACUUUGUUAGGUACACCUGUUUGAUAUCUAAUCAGCUAAUCAAAUGGCAGUAAAUCGGUAUAUUUAGGCAUGUAGACAUGGUCAAGAUAGCCUGCUGAAGUUCAAUGGUGAUUCAAAUGAGGCAUGAGCUCAUGUCAAAGGUCAGAGGAAAAGACCAGACUGCUCUGAGCUGAUAUUAGGACAACAGUAACUCUAAUAACCGCUCGUUACAACCAGGGUGUGCAGAAGAGCAUCUCCGAAUCCACAACACAUCCAGCCUUGAAUGUUACAGCAGUGGAAGACUACUAAGGGUGCCACUUGUAUCAGAUUAUCAGACAGGAAACAGAGGCUGUAAUGAAACUGGAUCACCAGAACUGGAAAAUAGAAAGAAAAAAAAAACAUUGUCUGGUCUGAAUACGUUUGGGGAUUUUCUUACCGAUUAUUGAGCAUGCAUCAACACAUUGUCUGGUCUGAUUUGUUUCAAUUUCCACUGCAACAGGGUUAGAAUUUGUUAUAACAAGCAUGAAAACUUGGAUCCACCCUGCCUUGUAGCAACUGUUUAGGCUGGUGCUGGUGGUGUAUUGGUGUGGAGGACAUUUUGACCACAGUGUGCAUAUCUCCUGAUGGCUACUUCCAGCAGGAUAACGCACCAAUGUCACGAAUCUCAAAUCGUCUCUAACUGAGAAGUGAGGUAGCUCACUGCACUGAAAUAGUGUCCACAGUCAAGAGAGCUCCUUUAGGAAGAGGUGGAAAGAACAGGAGGUUGACAUCAUAGAUGUGCAACCAACAAAUUUGCAGCAGCUGUGUAAUGCUUGGGCUCGAUUCAAACACUUUGUAGAAUCUAUGCAAUAAGGCGGUUGUGAUGGGAACAGGUGGUCCAAGUAGAUGUAAGUGACGUAUCAGUGUAUAUACCUCUGAAACGUGUUACGCUCAGCUGCAAAGUUUUUUAAACAGUCAAAAGAUUUUAUUCCAUCAGAGUCAAUUUGAUGUCCUGUAAACCUUUAUUUAUAAAAACAGAAUAACUUCAUCAGCACACCACAUCCAAAUGAGUCCCGAUUGUGUCUGUGUGUGCUGAUUCUGACUUUGACCAACAGGAAGUCUGAGAGAAAGAUUGCAAAAGAAAACACUGGGAGCCGGGCUUUAGGGGUCAUUUUUUCUUUAAGAUCAUGUGUGCUCCAAUAUCGCAAAUAAUGACUAAUAUUCUAAUAGGAUGUUGUUUAUUUACCUUCAAUAUGUAACCAGCUGAAGGGUGGUGUUGUAGCUAAACAGAAACAUUUUGAAUAUUACAACUGCUAUAAAAACACCAAGUGUCAAAUUCCAGCAUAUUUAAUGAGACAGCAGCGGAUAAAUGUGUGAUACGUGAAAUGUAAAUUUAGAAUACAAAGCAUUUCUUAACGUUUAUAACUUUGUCAUAUUAAAGUCCAUCCCCUCAGUCCCUCGUGCUGUUUUGUUUUGUGGAGUGAGACUCGUUUUAUUCCUUUCCCCUCGUCAGUGUUUACCACAGCAAACAGGCAGCAGAAAUAAGCCUGUGGAAACUACUUUAUGGCCUUCCUCCACACAUGCUUGUAGUCUCUUUGCGAGGAGGCCAGGCUGGUAAUGAGAGGUUAUUACUAGGAAGAGAGAAACCCAGGCUUUCUAUCCAACAUCACAGACGCUCUCUCUCUGCUGCCUGUUUUCCUAUAUUAGUCGUGGAAAAUGUGAUACAAGUGUCUUUUGGGGAGGGUGUCGAGGUGUUUUGGACUAAUAGAGCUGUUUUCCUGUUUGCGAGUGAUACGCCCACUGCCCACACUGGUCCAGCUGGGCUACACCCUGGAAUAUUUCAGGUGCUGCCUGGCUGGUGCCAACACAUCUGGUCAACAACAAGCCUCCUGACCAUUUUCUUUCAUGUCUGUGUUUCUUCAUCUGCUAUUAUGGAGAUAAUGUAAAAAUGUUAAAUGUCUGCACAAAAAUGUUUUGCUACACAUACUGUACUGUAUAUACACUCGGUGUCUCACUGCUUAGGGUAUUUUUCAGAGGGAUAUGGCGGAGGGGGAGGAGGCGAUGAGCCAAGAGGACUGGAAGGAGAAGUGUGUGGUCCUGGAAGCACUGCUCAUGAAGUUCAGAGUGCAGAUCAUCAAGAUCCGAGAGCUCACAGCAGACAAGAUUCAACAACUGGAGACGCAGGUGAUCGAUGCGGAGAAACGGGCGUUCACAGCUCAGCAGCAGGUGCAGUGGAUGGAGGAGAAGCUCAAAGCAGCAGAUGGUCAGUCUGGAGACUCAGAGGUGCGUCUGUUUCAGCGGUGCCAGGAGCUGCAGGCGUUAGUGCAGGAGAAGGAGGAUGUAAUCGCACAGCUGGAGCAGCAGCUGGAGGAGCAGAAACAGCUCCGCCUUCAAGAUGCCAAGACGGUGGAAGAGAAGGCAGCUAAGAUCAAAGAGUGGGUGAUGCUGAAGUUGUCAGAGUUUGAGGUAGAGAAUGCAGCAUUAAGAGAAACCAACAAACAACAGGAGGCUCAGAUUUUGGAGCUUCAAAAACAAAUACAAGCCUUUGAGCAGAAGUGCAAGGGUGGAGCUGGAGCCCUGUGUAGGCCAGGUGAAGCCCAGCGUCUUAGCAGCCUGACGUUCGGCUGCUUUCAGGUGAGAGGGAAGAACCCGCAGGUCCUGACUGGACCAGCGCCGUCCCAGAAGACCCUGAGCACACAGGGGGAGACAGACGCCAGGGACAAAACGGAUAAAAGUAGUAAGAAGACAGCCUCAUCAGUGACAGAUGGUGAAGUCCAUAAACCGAGCCAAACUGGACUGCUGUGUUCUCCGCUAGAGGAUGACGGUGCACCUGAAAGCUCUGUUAGCAAUGCAUCUGGACCCGAGUCCCGCCGCGUAUUGUCUGUCCUCUCCAGUGCUGCAUCAGUGGAGGAAGAAGUAUGUGAGAGCAGAAGCGGAGCGUGUGUUCUGGAGUUCAGCCGGCCCAGCAGUGAGACCUACCUGACAGCUUCAGACGACAGCAGCUCUCUGUUUGACGAUGACAUGCAGCGUACAGAGCGCCCCAGCUUUAGCCUGCUGGAGCCAUCAGAUGGAACACUAGCAGGGUGUAAGAAUGACGAGGAGGAGGGACGCACGGUUAAGUUGGAGGAUUGCACCUCUGAGGAGCUCAACAAACGAUUCCAGUCACAGAGACUUGACUCCUCAUCAUCUUCCAGUGAACCUAACACUCCCAGCCCCAUCCUCACACCAGCUCUCACCCCUAAACGGCCCAACCUGCCCCAGGAUCCAAAAGACAACCCCGCCUCACCCAAACAGCCCCGUCUGAGGACUCCUACGGGGUUUGGGUUGAUGAACGUGUCUCUGGCCAAGAAACACCUAAGCCAGCCGUCAAUCAGCAGUGAGGCAGCACAUGGCCAAACGCGUAAUGCACUCAGCAUGCUGCGCCCCCUCCAGCCUCAGGAAACUGAUGUUGAUGCACAGCAGGAGGUUGGAAUGGAAAUGGGAAAAGCCACAGUUCCCGAAAUCCUUCCCUGCUCACAAGCAGCAACCACCGUGCCAUCCGCACCAAAUUCAUCAGAACCUGGGACAGAGAUGGGCUCAGAGAGGUCAGACUGUGAUAGCACCACACCUGGCAGCAAACCUCCUACUCCACCUUUACACAGGCUCCCCUCCUGGGAAAGUCGUAUAUAUGCUGUUGCUAAAUCAGGAAUCAGACUGUCUGACACUUCAUGCACAGACCUGUCUAACAAAGACCCAUCCCUUCAGUCUUCCUAUCCAGCCUUUGUAAUGUACACAUCACUCAUCUAUAAAAACAUGACUACACCAGUUUACACUACUCUGAAGGGGAAAGCUACUCUGCUGAGCAGCAGUCCCUUCUCGGAUGAGUCAUCAAGCUCUGAGGAGUCAUCUAGUUCAGGAGACGAGGACGGCUCCCUGUGCAGCUCCCACACCUCCUCCAGCUCCAGAAAAGACAGCAGCCCAGGCAGCCCACGCUCUCUCAAGAGAGCUGUGUCCGUGGCGUCGAUGACAUCAGAGUGUGACUAUGCCAUCCCUCCUGAUGCUUACUCCACUGACACGGAGUGCUCGGAACCUGAGCAGAAACUGCCCAAAACCUGCUGUUCACCCAGUGACAACGGCAAGAGUGAGCCAAUGGAGAAGUCAGGCUAUUUGCUGAAAAUGGUCAAAACCUGGAAGAAGACCUGGAAGAGACGCUGGUUUGUCCUCAAAGAUGGAGAGCUGCUCUACUAUAAGUCACCGAGCGAUGUGAUCAGGAAACCUCAGGGUCAGAUCAAGGUCAGCGCCACCAGCAGCAUCGCCCGUGGCGAGGGCAAGCAGAUUCUCCAGAUAGUAACAGGAAAGCGCGUUUACUACCUGAAGGCGGACUCUCCUAACCUGCUCGAGGAGUGGCUUCGGGUCCUGCAGAGCGUGCUGAGGCUGAAAGCCGCCAGUCCUCUCUUCACUCAGCCGGAUAUUCGCCCUGGCAUGAAGGGACUACUCAUCAAGGUGAAACACGGCUACUCUAAGCGGGUUUGGUGUGCUCUGAUCGGCAAAACGUUGUACUACUUUCGCAGCCAAGAGGACAAGUUCCCGCUGGGUCAGAUUAAGCUGUGGGAGGCUCGGGUGGAGGAGGUGGACAGGUCAAGAGAUUCAGAUGACGACCUAAAGGCAUGCGGGCGAGGCCUACAGCCGGCACCCUUCACCGUUGCCAUUCACCCACAGGAGCAAGGACCCACUUACUUGCUUAUUGAAUCCCGCCAUGAAAAGGAGUCGUGGCUGUACCAUCUGUCUGUGGCAGCAGGCACUACGGUGGGCAAAGUUGGCACUGAAUUCGAACAACUGGUGGGAAAACUCUUCCAGCUGGAUGGAGAUCCAAACUCUCAGAUUUGGAGACAUCCCAUGUUGUGUUUCAGCAAAGAAGCCUUGUCAUUUCCUCUCACCACCCUGCCCUCACAAGCUCUGCAGACAGAGGCAGUGAAACUCUUCAAGACUUGUCAGCUCUUCAUUAACGUGGCCAUCGAUGCUCCGGCCAUCGACUACCACGUCUCCCUGGCCCAGAGUGCCCUGCAGGUGUGCCUGGCCCACCCCGAGCUUCAGAAUGAGUUUUUCUGCCAACUCAUCAAGCAGACCCGCAAGAAGCAGCCACACGGCCAUCCGGGACCCCUGCAGGGCUGGCAGUUUCUAGCCUUGUGUGUGGGACUGUUUCUGCCACAGCACCUUUUCCUCUGGCUGCUCCAGAUCCACCUCAAAAGACAUGCAGAUGCCAGGACAGAGGUGGGUAAGUAUACCAUCUACUGCCAGCGCUCCAUGGAGCGGACACAGCAGAAGGGCGAGAGACAGGCCAGGCCUUCUCGUAUGGAGAUUCUUUCGAUUCUUCUGAGGAAUCCCUAUCAUCACUCCCUGCCCUUCAGUGUGCCCGUGCACUUCCUCAACAAUACAUACCAGGUGGUGAGCUUUGACGCCUCAACAACGGUGGACGAGUUCCAGUGUCGUCUCAACCAGGACACCGGCAUGAGGAAAACGGGACUUUCUGGUUUCAGCUUGUACACCGAUGACCCCACUGGACGGUCGCUGGAACACUGUCUGCAAGGAGGCCUGAAGAUUUGCGACAUUAUCUCCAAAUGGGAGCAGGCCUCCAAGGAGCAUCACACCGGCAAGUCGGAAAACACCAGGACUGUCCGCCUCACCUACAAGAACAGACUUUACUUCUCUCUCCAAGUGAGGGGGGAGUCAGAGAGGGAGAGGUUACUGCUGGCAUAUCAGACCAAUGAAGCCAUCGUAGCCGGACACUUUCCUGUCAACAAGGAGCUGGCUCUGGAAAUGGCCGCACUGCUCGCACAGGUGGAAUUUGGAGAUUUUGAGCGUCCCUUCUCCACCUCUGGAUCGGCCCAGACUAAGUCUAAUCAGAACCUGAAGCAGGUGUUGGACAGAUUCUACCCCAAACAUUACCGCAGGAGUACAUCUGAGGAGCAGCUCAGACAACUGCUACAGCGUCUCUCUGCCCGCUGGGCUUCACUCAGGGGUCGAAGUUCACCAGAGUGCGUCAGGAUCUACCUGACCGUAGCCAGGAAGUGGCCGUUCUUUGGUGCCCGACUGUUUGAAGCAGAGUCCAUCACGCCCUCUCCGGAGCCCGGUGUUCGUGUUUGGCUGGCUGUACAUGAAGAUGGUGUCAGCGUUCUGGAGCACAACUCCAUCAAACUGCUGGUGUGCUACUCCUACAAGAACCUGAUGACAUUUGGAGGCUGCAAGCAGGACUUUAUGCUGGUGAUGGGUCAGAACGUCGGCACUAACGCCAGCAAAGACAAACCUACAGAGAAACAUCUGUUUGCUAUGGACCCCUCCAAGAUCAGGGAGGUCACGCUCCUUAUUUUCAGUUACAUCAACAGCGCACAUCAGCAGAAGGCCGCCGCCCACCACCUCUCUGCUCCGGCCCUGAUGGUGGCCCAGCCCGUGAGCCUGAAGAGCAAAGAGUUGAGGAGCAAAUCCCCACCAGCUCUGGGACGCCCCAGCAAGGCCCCCACUCUGCUGUGAUGGCGCAAAGACUUACACCCUGGUCUUAAUUUACAUUAGAAAUGUAGGAUCUUUAGCUGCGUGGUUUCAUCUGCGCAUUUAAGCCCAGCUAAAUUCUAAUAAGUGGAACGGUUACCCCUUCGUGACGAGCCGGGCGCUAACAAAAACGUAUCUGUUGAGUGCAGUUUAAUAUCGCAGACCAGCUGAGGUAGCAGCAAUUUGCAGGUAUCACCAUGUAGCGCCUUGGUACCUUCCUCAGAGAACACUUGAUGAGAUCUGUGGCUCAAACUGGAGCUAAAGGCUUUAUACAAAGGUACAAUGGGGCCAAGAAGCACUAAGAGGCUUUGCUUAACAUUUUUUGUGUCCCUAAUGAUUGUGUUGCUUUCAUUUUGUCACUCCAAGGAGAAAAAUCAACAGUAUUUAUUGACAGACUGAGCAAAUGUUCUGAAACGUCUCUAUCAAUCAGUGUUACCUGGUACAUUUCUGUGUGCAUUCAGUUAAUUUUUGUAUUCCUGUCUUUAGAACGUAAUGCACAGUGCAGAGGAGGUAAUGAUUAAUUGUUAUUAAAAAAAAAUCCUUUAAAGAGGGCGCCUGUUGUUUCCUGCCUUCCUGUAGGGCAGAGUGGGCCCAGCAGGAAGUGAAACUCUUAGUGUUAAAGUGAUGCAUAAUGAUGAAAGCGGGAGGCAAUAACAGGUAACCAGAUGGAAGUGGAGCACAGCUGUUUAAAAUGUGUUUAAACCACCUCAUCUGGGGCUGUGUGCUCCUUUUUGCAGUAGAUGUGAGGAAAAGAACUGUGGACUUGGUGGAUUGUGUUGUUGUAAAGGAACCAGAUUGUCCUCUUUGUGCUCCUGGUUACUGAACAGCCAGGAGAGUGGUAAAACUUUAAUCAUGUACAAAUACAUAAGGCCUUUCUGGUGAGGUCAGUGGAUUGAAUCAGCAGGAGGUUUCGACUCAGAAUGUUACUUGACAGCUUUUGUGGAAGUACGGAAAAGUGUGCUGUUUCUUUAUGACACACAUUCCUCUAUACUGAGUCCGUUGCACAGUUCGGUGGCCAUCUGCUACAACUGCCCCACUUUAGGUAUUAACAUAUAAAAUCUUAGGUAUUAUUU